UGGUUUUGUAAAUUUUAAAAAGUUCGAAAUUUUAUUUAAUUAUAACCACAAACCAUUCAAAUUAUAUAAUAUGUCAUUAUCAAGAUUAACGUUUUUGCGAUCAUUCUGCAAGUUUGAUAAUUUUAAGUUGCUACGACGAUAUUCAACACAGAUUGCUAUAAAUUUGUCCGACCCGGCAAUACAAACAUAUUUAAAACAUUUGAUAAUCGAACACGAUAACUUGCAUACCAAACCACGUAAAAGCGUUGAAGAAACAAAACGUCUGCAUGAAAUAAAGCCUAUAGUGAAUGUUUUGGAGCAAAGAAUUGCUCUUUUCGACAGUAUAGAAUCGCUCAAAGAGCUUAACAAACGAGACGGUAAAGAUGAGGAAAUAAAAAAGAUGAUCAAAGAAGAAGCUCAGAUAUACUUAUCGAGAAUAAAAGAGGUUGAUGUCGAUCUGCAGUCUAUACUUUUAGAGCCUAAUUUAAGCGAGGGGGGUGUCAUGAUUGAGGUUACAGCAGGUGCUGGUGGGCAAGAAGCAAUGCUUUUCGCGAAAGAACUAUUCGACUUAUAUCACGAAUAUUCUAAGUAUAAAAAUUGGCAAGUCGACAUAGCAUCGUUUGAGAAGUCUGACAUUGGUGGUAUCAGGAAAGGUUCUUUAUUGGUUCAAGGGUAUGGAGUUCCAGAAUUAAUGAAAAUAGAAGCGGGCGUGCAUCGUGUCCAAAGAAUACCUGUAACAGAGAAAGGCGGCCGUAUACACACAAGCACAGUGUCUGUGGCAGUGUUACCUUUAGCUACAGAAGUUGAAAUUGAUAUUCCCGAUAAAGAUUUAAGUAUAGAGACUAAGAGAGCUAGUGGUGCAGGGGGGCAACAUGUGAAUACCACGGACAGUGCUGUCCGUAUAACCCAUAUUCCUACCGGUACAGUAGUUGAAUGUCAAGAAGGUCGAUCGCAAAUUAAAAACAGACAAAUUGCCUUACAAAAGUUAAGAUCAUUGUUACUUCAGAAGCAAGAAGAAGAACAAUCGUCAAAGAUCAACAAGGAAAGAAAAUCACAGAUUGGUUCCAGUAAUAGAAAUGAGAAAAUAAGAACAUACAACUAUCCCCAAGAUAGAGUAACAGAACAUAGAGAGGGUGGUGGUACCACUCAUAGCUUGAAGACCUUUAUGGAGGGUGGCGAACAACUUGAAACAUUACAGGAGUCUCUGCUGCGACAUCAACGGUAUCAGGCUGUAAUGGCUGAGAUAAGUGAUUUCAUUGCUAGAUAUAAAGCAGAAACUAGUAGUUAAAGUUAAUAUUUUUCUUUUCUUUGAAUAGAAAUUCAUUAAAGUUUAAUAUCAUUCAUGAUAAAUUAAAUUUUUAAAAUAAAUGUCAAAAAUGUUAUUAAUACAUAAAUAACAAUAAGGAACUAUACAAAAAGUCCAUAAGUUAAUAAGAUUAUAAAUAAUAUCGUUUUUGUUAAAUAAAAAAAUCAUGAAAUAUGA